ACAAAUGAAUGCACAGAAACAGCUUUCUCUGAGAAGUGUGCUUACAAGCCUCAUAAUAUGAAGGGAAUAGUCCACAAGGAAUGAAAGAUUCUUCACAGUGCCUUAGCAGGCUCUGGAAGAUGGCCAUGGCCCAUAGGAUCUUGAACUCUACCAUUCCCUUCUCCAUGUCCACGGACCAGCCCAAGGUGGGCUGCCUGGAUGCCAGUCCUGAGCCAUGCCCCCCCAACACCACCAGCGCCGCCAAAGCAGACCAACAAAGCCACAUAUCCAACUUCUUGUUGAAGAUCCUGUCACAUGGAACUGCCAAGCACAUGGGGGCAGGCCCACUGGGCACAGAGAAACCCUCCAUCAUCGCCCAGGCAGAGUGUGAAUCUCAGGACUCACAGGAAUUCUGUCCCAACAGCAGCUCCACCUUCUCCUAUGCUCAGGGGCCCCGGCCCCGCAGGAAACGACGCCGAAGGCAGCGAUGGAGGCAGGGCGAAAGGGAGACCUGGCAGAGGGACGCAGGCAGCGAGACCGCGAGGGAGGCAAGGCUCACCGGCGUGCAAGAACAGGACAGUGGAGAGGUGGGCCAGUGCAGCUAUAGCAGCCUCAGCAGUGACUCAUGCAGCAGCACAGAAAGCCUCUGUGUGCAGGAGACGGUGCACCCCAUAUUCUCCUCCCACUAUGUGGCUGGGGCCACACCCCUCACCUCUGCCCACCUCUGGAAUCCCUCCCUGGUCACCUUCUCCCCUGGUGACACAUACGGGCAGGAAAGCGAGUCACCGCUGCCGAGCGAGGGCGACUGUAGCCUCGCGCUCAACGGCCUUCGCAACUACGUCACGCACUCUGACCGCACCUAUGCCACCCCCUUCAUCAACCAGCUGGUCAGGGAGGUGAAACACAGACAGGAGGAAGACGAGGAGGCAAGUUACGAGGAAGAGCGGGAGGAGAGUGACACCAACGAAGGGAUUCUGUUCAAAGAGGAGCUCCGGCCUGAUAACUAUGAGUACCGUGAGGGCAGAGACUAUGACGUGUGUGAUGUGCUGAAGCAGGGCUCAUAUGGAGAACUGUACAGCAUCAGAGACAGGACCAGCGGCUUCACCUGCGCUGCCAAAAAGGUGCUGUUGCAGAGUUUCAGUACUGAGGAGGUGGGCUCGUGGAGUGUCCUCCAGCAUCCUCAUGUGGUGGAACUCUUUGGUUUUGUCCGAGAGGGUCCGUCCAUCAUCCUUUUCAUGGACCUCAAACCUGGCUCUCUGGGCCAGCUGUUGAAGGAGAGGGGCCGUGUACCCGAGGACCUCUCCUUGCACUACCUGCACCAGGUUCUGGGGGCACUAGAGCACCUGCACAAGAGGCGUGUCCUGCAUCUGGACAUCAAAGCGGAUAACGUGUUGCUGUCCGAGGAUGGAAAAGAUACAUUCCUGUGUGACUUCGGACAGUCUGAGAGAUUAGACCAACAUGGAUUCAGUCCUUUUUGUGGUCUGAAAGGCACUGAGACCCACAUGGCUCCUGAGGUGGCAUGUGGGGAGACCCGCUGUGCCAAGGCAGAUGUGUGGAGCAGCUGCUGCAUGCUACUGCACAUGCUCACUGGCCACCAGCCUUGGAUACGUUACUUCUCCCGCCCACUCUACCUCAAGAUAGCUGAGGAGCCCCCGCCCUUGGGUGAGAUCCCGCCCGAGUGCAGCCCCUGUACUGCUGAGGUCAUCAGACAGGGACUGCUGAAGGAGCCAACUGGAAGGGCCUCGGCUGAACACCUCCGAGCUCAGACAGCCAAAGCACUUGAAGAAUUGGGAGGACUUCACAGCCCUGCGAGGGGAGGAGUCUAUCAGAAUCCAAUAGGGAGGCCAGACAGGAGUGACCCCGCCCCCUUCUCCCUUAGCUCUGGACAACAGUGGAUGUGCCCAGGGCAGCAGAGGAGAGAGGCGGCUUGUCUAAGAUCACCGUGUCACGGCACUGAUGACAGAGAAAUCGAAGAGGUGAACGAUGAGGAAGACGAGGAGGAAGAGAAUGUGGAGAGAAGUGAGGGGUACCCUCCUCUGUCCACUGAACCAACUGAGCAGGAGUUUCGCAAGCUUGAGAUGGAUUUAUACGUCAGCAGUCUGUCUCACCUCCACUCGGUGGAGCGGCAGGAACAGAUCCUCUCCUUCCUGGGCAGUGACUGCCUCUCUCCUAAAGAAUCAUGGGACAAGAAGGACUCUGGCCGCUGGUCAGUUGGCCCCGGCGAUGAUCUCAGCUCUGGUGUGUUCUCCUACAACAGCCAAUCAGAUGGCCAGAGCUUCAGCAUGGACUGGCUGGGUCCCGCACCUCAGCCCCCGCCCCGCUGCUUUGAAGGGGUCGACGUCUGUAUCAGGGACUUUAAUGGGCAAUGCCUGCGUAUCCGUGAAACACCCCGUGUAAAGGUUGGCCAUAUCGCCGUGGGAAUCAGUGAUCAGAUCUCAGAGAGAGUGUUCAGCCUGCAGCGCGAGGACGGCUCCCUGGUACACCACGACAGGGAGGUGCAGGAAACCGGGCUCUCCCUACGCUGUGUCCCCGCCCCUGACUGCAGACACGCCCGCCCGCCCAGAUACACGCCCUGCUGCGACAGGGCACCCGACUGCAGACAUGCCCCCUGCUGCAAAGCACCAUGGAGCUGGCGCAUCAGAGACGGAGAGCUGGAGGCCUGGGACUGAACUGUGCGCCGCAGUCUUACGGCUCCUCCUUCAGUCUUGUGCACUUUUUCUCCUUAUUGACACACGCAAAUGCACGCAUUCAUGCACACACACCCCCUCCCCCUUGUUUCUCUUCACAGUGCCUCUCAGUUACUCUUUCAUGUUUCUGUUUCUGCAUAUAGUAUAUAUUGUUCACAGAUGAAAUUUUUACUUUCUGGGAGAAAAAAAAUUGUUUUCCAGUGUUACAGAAUUGCCUUAAAUGAUUUUACAUUAAUUAAAAUGCUGACUUUUUUUAAGACAAGUUCAUGUAUGUACAGCUGAGGCAUUGGAGCAUGUAAAGAAUCAUAUCAAGUUCACCAAUUUGCAGGCAAACCACCGGUACCACCUGUAACAGUCACGUGUAUCAGCAUGAGAAUAAAACCCAUUACUGUUUCCAA